UCACAAUUCUAGUUCCUGCUUAUUUCUGCGAUCACGAGGAUCUAAAAAUGGCGACUUUUUCGUCAUCGCUGGGACUUUUAGCUAGUUAUUCUUCCGCUAGCAGCUCGGGCGAGGAGGAUAAUGAUCAUAUUCUAGACAAGGGUAACACACAACGUGGGGGACAGAAACAGGGGAAAAGGAUAUCUGAAAACAGCAACAACACGAACAAGGGUUUAAAUUUUCUUCUGGACACCGGCAUCAGCAGUGGUGAUGAUGAUGAUUUUGACUGUGGGGAUGCUGAUUUUACAGCACCAGUUCCUGUGGAAGGACAGCAUACUAGCAGCCCCAAAGUGGAUUAUCUUACACAGACCAAGCUUCCAUCUCCCCAGCUGGAUGACCCACUAGUGAACAGAGAGAAGACUAGUAGUACCAGCAUUUUCAAAAACCCUUUUAAAGAGGAGGAACAAGAACACCUCAGCAUGCUUCAGAAACAUGUCCCUCUAACUGUCCAUGACAGUCCAUCAGAAACUGGGGGUAAGAAAGUCUGCCACAUGUAUCAGAAGAACAAAAGGUGCCGGUUUGGUGUGAAUUGUAAAUUUGCCCAUGACUGUGAUCUUCAGGUAAUAAAAGAUUCUGAAGGUUGUCCACCUGAUAACAGUUCAUCUGUUUUAUCACCUUCUGCUCUUAUACUUGCUCACUCGGAAACUAAUGCAGCUGGUGAUGGUCAGGUUAUCAGAGUGAAGAGGAAGCCUGGCUUGAGCCAAACUCUGAUUCCACCCAAAAGAGCACUAAAGAACUUUCAGGAACAAGCUGCAAAAGACAGGCCUUGGGUUUUGUUUUAACUUUGGUGAGCCUCAAGUCAGGUGGAACUCAGCUAGCCAUAGACUGUGACUUGUUUGUAUUCAGGUGUUAGGUAGCUACACUGUCUGUUUUCAGUAGAUUCCUACAGAGCUGAGCCUACUUAGAGCUUGUAAAAUCUGAAGCUCUUUGUUCUGUUGUGUUUUCAUUAACACAUAUCCUCCUUUCACAGUAAGAACUCUUACAUUCCAUUGAUUCUGUAGUUUUAUUUAAAAGGAUAUAAAUAUCCAGAAUAGUUGCUUUUAAUGUAAUGAUUAUUCCACAGGCACAGAACUAGACUGUAAACAGUAUAACUACAUGUUUAGGGUUCCUGUUGAAAUUCUGAAGACCUUAUUCACAGUCCUUGGAAUGGUGACACUUUAAGUGUGAAAACAGGUUUUAUUUAUAUACGUGUGUCUGUGUAUGUACAUAUGUGUGUGGGUGUAUAAAGUCAUAUUCAUAUCAUUUAUUUAUAUACAUGUCCAAGGUUGCAGUAGCUAAACGUUUUCCUUCUGCAAGUAUUAGGUUAUCUUGAGGUGCAAAAUGUUUUAAUGGCUUAGAGUGAGUUUCAGCAUUUGUUGUAUUUGUUCUGUAAUUACACUUUACUGUUCAAACUGUAGGGGCUUAAAGUUAUGGGCCACACACGUUUAUAUAUUUCCCAUCAUGCAUAUAUUCAUGGAAAAUAUGCUGAUUUCCAUGAAAUAAUACAGAAUGUUUUAGCUUCAGGCAAAGUUGUAUGGCGUUGAUGGAUGUCUCAGUGCGUUUAGCAAAUAUAAGGACAGCAGAUAAGUACAUUUUUCACUGUUUUUUAAAUAAUCAGUUUGCCGUAUUUUGUUUAAAUCAUGACCCAAAACAGAAGCAGUCAUUGCAAGUAGCUGUUCACGGUCUUUGAGAGGUAUAGUAGAGAGAAAUGACAGAACAGCAAAAGAAAAAUACCUUCAAGCAGUUCCUGUAAGGGUAGAGGUUAUUUUAAAAAACAUUGCCCACACUGUGAAAUUGUAAAGAAUAGCAUAAUUUGACAAGUUACUGCUUAUUUGUCAAAAAAUGCCAGCAAACAUCAGAUUUAGAAGCAAAAACGUGAGUCUUGGAAGCAAAACUUAUAUUAACUAAACAGAAAAAAAAACUUCUAAAACAAGGACAGGAUAGAGUGACUUCACUCUCAAAUAAAACAAACAGCAUGAAGUUAUGGGAAAGAGUAGUGGAAGCUAGGUUAAGAAGGGACGUGACGAUUCGUGAUCAGCAGUAUGGUU